AUGUCAAAUGAUGAUGGGGUGCCGAAGGCAUCGCUCUCGUCGGAUGAUGGCAGGGUGCCGAAGGUGACGACGAGGUGCCGAAGGCAUUGCUCUCGUCAGAUGAUGACAGGGUGCCGAAGGCAACUUUCUUUGUCCAACAAUGACAGGGUGCCGAAGGCAUCGCUCUUGUCUAAUGAUGACAGGGUGCCGAAGGCAUCGCUAUGUCAAAUGAUGACGGGGUGCCGAAGGCAUCGCUCUCGUCGGAUCAAGAUGCUUGUAGAACAAGCUUACCAAUGGUUAUUGCCGAUGGCUAAUAGUCUUGGGUUUUUCUUUUGGCGUAUAUGCCGAUGA